AUGGAGAAGAUAUCCGAUAAAAUAAAUGCUCUUCCUAAAGAUGCAAACUACUUUUCUCUGGAGUUUUUCCCUCCAAAGACCCAGAUGGGUUCGUCAAACCUCCAAGCUCGUCUAGAGCGUAUUUCCCAGGCCCUACGACCACUAUUUGUUACGGUUACAUGGGGUGCCGGUGGAAGCACUGCUGCCAGAUCUCUCGAGCUUGCGGAAAUAUGCCAGAGACAGCUCGGACUCACAACAUGUCUUCAUUUGACCUGUACAAACAUGAACCGAACAUUGAUAGACGAAGCUCUAGAGGAAACGAAGGCUUUGGGGAUUCGAAACAUCCUUGCCCUGCGUGGAGACCCGCCGCGGAGUGAAGAAUACAAUAUAGAUGGCGAGGAUGACAGUAACAAGGAUUUUAAUUACGCUGUGGACCUUGUGAAAUAUAUCCGCAAGAAGUAUGGUGACUACUUCUGCAUUGGUGUUGCAGGUUAUCCCGAAGGACAUGCGGAUGAGUCUCACCCGGAAGUGCAAGAUCCGCUAAAAGACCUACCCUACUUGAUUGAGAAAACUCAAGCUGGUGCGGACUUCAUCAUGACCCAGUUGACAUAUGACAUCGAAGCGUAUAAGAAGUAUGAGGCCAUGUUACGAAAUCAUGAGUCUGGCACGUUUAAGACAAUCCCUAUUAUACCCGGGUUAAUGCCCAUCCAGAGCCACCACACCUUGACCAGAGUGACCAAGCUAAGCCACGCCAAAGUUCCGCCUGAGAUAUUGGCGAGAGUGGAAUCGUGCAAGGCAGAUGAUGAAGCGGUGAAGCGCGUAGGCGUUGAUAUCGUCAGUGAAAUUGUCCAAGAUAUUAAGAAAAUCACUACGCCUGGACAUCGUGGGUUCCACUUCUAUACUCUGAACCUGGAGAAAUCGGUUUCCUUUAUCUUGGAACGAUGCAACUUGAUCCCUCCAUCCUCUGAAUCACCUAGUGAUGCGGAAAUUGAGUUUGAGACGGCUGUCUAUGCUGCUUCUGGUGCAUCAAACGGAGUUUCGGCAUCCGAUGCUAGAUCAUUCAAUGCAUCGAGGAUGCGAGCUUCAUCAAUGAACUCACAGCCACAUAACCGAGUUAUCGUUGACCGGUUAACGCGUGGUACAGAUAGAUCGGAGAGAAGCUCUACAGUACACGAAACGUCUGCUCACACUGCUGGAUAUCCCGCCCUUAAUCCGCCAAACCGUAACACGGCCUUGCAAAUAUCCGAGGGACUUGGUGCGUUAGGACGAGAAGCUACGUGGGAUGACUUCCCCAACGGCCGUUGGGGUGAUGCCCGCUCUCCAGCUUUCGGUGAAAUUGAUGGCUACGGACCAUCCCUUCAUGUAACUGGACGCGUCGCUAGGAAACUUUGGGGCACGCCAACCUCUAGGGAAGACAUCAGCAACAUAUUCCGACGACUUCUUUCUAGUGAACUGCACGCUGUUCCUUGGUCUGAAGGUGGCGCAGAGGAAGAAGGUGGUCUCAACCCUGAAACUGCUACCAUUCGAACUGAACUCCUUAAACUAGUUGAGCGUGGAUGGUGGACACUUGCAUCCCAACCAUCCGUCAAUGGUGUGCGUAACGACCACCCCAUAUUUGGCUGGGGACCAAGAGGGGAAGGGUUCGUGUUCCAGAAAGCUUUUGUCGAAUUUUUCUGCCCAGGAGAUGACUUUCAUUCAAAGCUGAAACCUCUUCUGAAGAGCUAUGGCCACGAUGAGUUUGCCUGGUUUGCCACCAAUGCGGCGGGUGACUUUGAAUCGUCGACUUUGCCAGAAACACCUGCAUCACCAGCAGCAGAUCCGACCGAAGCCGCUUUUGAUGCUGACCCUUUGACCGAGAUGGACAAUGGUAGCGUCAAUGCAGUGACCUGGGGUGUAUUCCGUGGCAAGGAGAUAGUUACGCCAACCAUCAUCGAGGCAGUAAGCUUCCGAGCUUGGGGAGAAGAGGCAUUCGGUAUCUGGGAUGAAUGGAGACGGAUCUUCCCUCGCGGCACACCUAGUGAAAAGCUAAUAAGGGAGGUUAAAGACGACGUAUGGCUGGUUUUUGUUGUUGGACAACGCUUUGGAGCAGGCGGGGAGGUUGGAAAGGAGUCUAAUGAAGCCGACGGAAAACUGCUCUGGAAGGUACUGGCUGGGGAAGAUACAGGAAUUUAA